CACUAUUUCCUGGUUUCGGCUGGCAGCCAUUUUGGGGUUACAGAGAGCUCGGGCUUGCGGUGGCUCUGUUGGUUUUGGGGGGUUAAUCCCAGGCCGCUGGGGGGAUUCUAGUACUCGUUAGUAGAUUUUUUUUUUACCUUCUACCUUAGUAGCCGUUUUUUUCUUUUCUUUUUCCCCUGUGCCCGUAGCUCUCGGACCGGUUUUGCUUGGCAGGCGUCGGGUCUCCGGUGUUCUGUGUGUGUUUCUGCUGAAGCGGCGGGGAGCUCAGUGACAUGUCCAGCAUGAAUCCCGAGUAUGACUAUUUAUUUAAAUUGCUUCUGAUCGGAGACUCUGGUGUGGGGAAAUCUUGCCUUCUCCUUAGAUUCGCAGAUGACACAUACACGGAAAGUUACAUCAGUACAAUUGGUGUGGAUUUUAAAAUCAGGACUAUAGAAUUAGACGGGAAAACAAUAAAACUUCAAAUAUGGGAUACGGCAGGGCAGGAGAGGUUCCGAACUAUCACAUCCAGUUACUACAGAGGAGCGCACGGCAUCAUUGUUGUGUACGAUGUUACAGACCAGGAAUCUUUUAACAAUGUAAAGCAGUGGCUUCAGGAGAUAGACCGUUAUGCCAGUGAAAAUGUCAACAAGUUGUUGGUAGGGAACAAAUGUGACCUGACUACAAAGAAAGUAGUUGACUACACAACAGCGAAGGAAUUUGCAGAUUCCCUGGGAAUUCCAUUCUUGGAAACGAGUGCAAAGAAUGCGACAAACGUAGAGCAGGCCUUCAUGACAAUGGCUGCCGAGAUCAAAAAGAGAAUGGGUCCUGGAGCCACAACUGGCGGUCCAGACAAGCCCAACGUCAAGCUCAACCCCAGCACUCCAGUCAAGCAGUCCGGCGGAGGUUGCUGCUAAAACGGCCUGCCCCCUCCCCCCACUCGACCACCCCAUUCCCUCCUCUCAGCAGUGAAAUCUCAAUCUGAACCUAAGUGACAACAAAAAAAAAAUUGCCUGAAUUGUACUGUAUGUAGCCGCACUACAACAGAAUCUUACCGUCUCCCCAAAGGUCAGCGAUUGUAAACGCUCAAUACUGACUUUUUUUUUUAUGCCCUUGACUCAAGACAGCGAACUUCAUUUUCAGAACUGUUUUAAACCUCCCCCCUCUCCCCUGUAUGUGCUGGUUUCUCAAUGUGCGUAACCUUUGUUGCUUUACUAAUGGCAGACUGUUCCUCGUCCCCGUCCCCCCCACGUGAUUAAGCUAUCUAUUCACCCCCGCCCUCCAUUAUAUUAUUAUUAUUUUAAUUUUAUUUUUUCCCUAGUACCAAUUGGCCGAUUUAGGAGUCGGGUUUAGUCUUCUGAAGAUGAAGUUCAGCCAUUUUGUAUCAAACAGCACACCAGUGUCUGUCAGUUUCCAUGCAUCAAUAAAAGUUAGUGAGAUGUUCUAUGUAAGAUUUGAUUUUUGCUAGUUCUUUUUCUCGUAGAGCUGUGAAUGGAAAGAUUACACUUGCGAUGGGCCCAGAGGAGCCUGCAGCCCAUUGUGCUGCCCAGCUCCCCCACCCCCUCCAACUAUUCGAGGCGCGACUAGUUUCUUCAUAUAAUUUGUGGCUGCAGAACAUUGUGAUUUGUUGCACAGAAAUGUAACAAAGAAGCAAAGAAAUGUUUAAUAAAUAUUGUACUUAUUGGAAGUAAUCUCAAACUGUACGGUGAUAAGUAUUGUCUUAAUUUGUCUUAGUCACAGGGAAAUAUGAAGGUAUUAAGUAUUUCUGGCCAACACUGCCCUGCAUGUAAUGGAAGUUUACAUAGGGGGUUACUCGUAUACGAAACUAACAAGUGCUUAACUAACCCAAUCGUUUGCAACCACUAUUAUUGCUUCAAAUGUCUAUUUGGUAAUAUAUAUAAAAAAAAAAAAGUAGGUGAAUUAGUAAAUUUGUACAAGAGGGAGAAGUGUUAGUGAAUGUGCAGUGUUUGCCCUGUUUUCUUCGUUCAGGCGUCCAGUCUCCUCCACUAGAUCUGCCGGUUUUAGAUUCUGAAGAGGCGUACAGCAGUGCAAGUGUGACGGUGAUGUCACUUUUUUGCCAUUAAGUCUAUGCUGUUCUAUUUGUUUUCUCAUUGAAAGUGUACCCUUUAUCUACAUACAUAUAAAUAUAAUAUAUGCACCCGCACAGCGAUGGCGGACCCUUAUGUUGUCGAAGCCAUUAUUUCUAAGAAUUAUCACCCACAAAAUGGCUGGGACAAGGACUCUAGUCUCGUCCCAGAUGCAUAGUGCCAGUCCUGUCCUAAGCUUCAAAUGACAAGUACAAUUUCUAGACCUAGCAAGCUGGCAGAUUAUAGAAAGAAGAUGUAAAUCACUGUAUGUAGAGCGGAAGGACAUCUUGUACUUGACAGUGGUUUUUUGAAUAUUGGAUAAUCGGUCCUCUUAUGUAUAUAGCAGUUAUACUUCUGUGGAUGGUGUCUAAAUCUGCUAACUUAUGCUACCUAUACAGGUUGGAAAUUUGGAAACCUGUGUGUUUUUGUGUUAAUGAAAAUAAAACAUGUUAACACUGAA